UGUCUCGCGUGUGCGUGCACACGUUUGGCCGACGAGCAGCAGGACGCGCGACGCCGUGGAUUUGUGCAGCUGCUGUCCUUUUUAUUUUCCCUUCUUGUUUUUGUUUUGUUUUUAGGCUUUGCUACGAUGGAUUACUGCGUGUGCGUACUUUUGCUGCUCUCCAGCGUGUCCUGCGUGUCCACCGGCCAGUUCCCCAACGCGCACAUGAUUAAAGAAUGGGCGGACCAGAUGCAAAAGGACUUGAUCGAGCUCACGGACAAGGCGAGCGGCAUACGAAGUCUCACUCAGAUCUACAACAAACAUAAAACGCACUUCAGCGUGGAGACCAAUCGCAUCGAAGAGCUGGUGGCCACGGCCGCCGGGAAUAUCGAGAGAUUGCUGGAAAGCCGCUCCAAAGCCCUCAAGCGACUGGCAGAAGAGGCCGAAAGCCUCCAAAUGGCUCACAUAUGGCAAGUCAACAGCGAGCCCGACAAAAUCACCUACUACAACGCCAAAGACAACCUCAAUCAGACGGAGAAGAAGAACCGCUACGUUCCCGAGGACUUCCACGUGGACCCCGACUUCCAGCGUCUGGUCUCGUACAACACCACGGCCGUCCACAUUCCCACCGACAUAUACGAGGGCUCCACCAUCAUUCUGAAUGAGCUCAACUGGACAGAGGCCUUGGAGGAGGUUUUCCGGCGGAACAAAGAGGAAGACCCCACGCUCCUCUGGCAGGUGUUUGGUUCCGCCACCGGACUGGCUCGCUACUUCCCGGCAUCUCCCUGGAUCGACUCCAGCAAAUCGGCCAAUAAAAUCGACCUCUACGACGUACGCAGGCGGCCGUGGUACAUCCAGGGGGCAGCGUCGCCCAAGGACAUGCUGAUCCUGGUGGAUGCGAGCGGCAGCGUGUCGGGCCUCACCCUCAAGCUGAUCCGAACGUCCGUCAGCAAGAUGCUGGAGACGCUGGCGGACGACGACUACGUCAACGUCGUCUAUUUCAACGACAAGGCCACGGACGCCGCCUGCUUCAAGAACCUGGUGCAGGCCAACGUGCGCAACAAGCGCAUCCUCAAGGACGCCGUGCAGGGCAUCAGCGCCAAGGGAACCACCAACUAUGGGCGCGGCUUCGAGCUGGCCUUCAACCAGCUCGCGCAGAUGAACGUGUCCAGGGCCAACUGCAACAAGAUCAUCAUGCUCUUCACCGAUGGAGGCGAGGAGCGUGCCGAGGAGAUUUUCAAGACGUACAACCCCAAACAAGCCGUGCGCAUAUUCACAUUCUCAGUGGGUCAACACAACUACGACAAAGGGCCCAUACAGUGGAUGGCAUGCACUAAUAAAGGUUACUACUAUGAGAUCCCGUCCAUUGGUGCAAUCAGGCUAAACACUCAGGAGUACCUGGAUGUUUUGGGCAGGCCCAUGGUCAAAGAGGACCGCAAGGCCAAACAGGUCCAGUGGACCAACGUGUACCAGGACGCACUGGAGCUGGGACUCGUCAUCACUGGAACCCUACCCGUCUUCAACAAGACCAACACCGGAUCCAAGAAAUCUCAGAACCAGCUCAUCUUGGGCGUCAUGGCCAUCGACGUCUCCCUGGAGGACAUCAAGAGGCUCACUCCGCGCUUCACUUUCGGACCAAACGGCUACUACUUUGCCAUCGACCCCAAUGGAUAUGUGCUGCUCCACCCCAACCUCCAGCCGCCGACAGCCGAGUUCCACGAGCCUGUGACGUUGGACUUUUUGGACGCCGAGCUGGAGAAUGACAUUAAAGUAGAGAUAAGGCGGAAGAUGAUUGAUGGCCUCACGGGGACUUACCCCAUAUCUGCUCUGGUCAAAUCGCAAGAUGAGCGUUACAUUGACCUGGGCCGGAGGACCUACGCUUUUGCGCCAGUCAAGGGCACCGACUACAGUCUGGCACUGGUCUUGCCCGACUACAGUUCGUAUUACAUCCGAGCCACCAUCGGCGACACCAUCACCCAAGCAAAAUUUUCUGAGAGCCUGCUGGCAGACAAGUUUGACGAAUACGGCUACACGCUCAUUGCGCCAAGGGUGUACUGCAAGGAUCUGAAGCCGCCCGACAAGGACAAAAGCAACACGGAGUUCCUCAUGGAGUUCAACAACUACAUCGACACCAAGACGCCAAACAACCCGAUGUGUAACGUGGAGCUGGUGAACCGAUUGCUCCUGGACGCUGGCAUCACAUCAGAUCUCAUCAAGAUCUGGAAGGGGAAUACGUUGCAGCCCGGAGUCACCGCCAGAUUUGUUGCCACCGAUGGAGGGAUUACCCGAGUCUACCCAAAAAGCGCUGGCCUGAACUGGAGGGAGGAGGCUGAGACGUACGAGUCGAGCUUCUACAAGCGAAGUUUGGACAAUGACCUGUACGUCUUCACGCCCACGCCGUACCUCGCAGACAACACGAGCGACAACUCUGUCCUCGUGAGCAGAGCCGUCAACCUCAAGAUCGACAACAAGCUCCUCAAGCCGGCAGUGGUCGGCGUCAAGUUGGACGUCAGCGCCUGGAUGGCGAGCUUCAUCAACACCACGCUGAGGACCAACUGCACGGAUGAAAUCUGUGGCUGCCAACGCAAUAAUAUGUAUGUGGACUGCGUCAUUCUGGACGAUGGCGGCUUCCUAGUCAUGUCCAAUCAAGACGAAUACAUCGAUCAGAUCGGUCGCUUCUUCGGCAUGAUCGACCCCAUCCUGAUGGUCAACCUGGUCAACUCGUCGCUGUUCACCUCCAAGAAGUCCUUCGAUUACCAGUCGCUGUGCGAUCCCGCCAAGGAGACCAAGGCGGCGGCGGGCCUCCGAUCUGUCUACGUUCCCUCCGUCGCAGAUAUUUUGAAUGUCGGCUGGUGGGCCACUGCUGCAGCCUGGUCGAUCAUGCAACAGUUGCUGGUCAGCAUCACGUUCCCAAAUUUCCUGGAUGCAGCCGACAUGGAGGAGGACGUGUCCGACGACGUGCAUACAGAGGUGUGCAUCACGGAGCAAACGCAGUACUACUUCGAGACAGGCGGCCUCUCCUUCAAAGGAACAAUCGACUGCAAAAACCGCUCCAGACUGUACCACGCCGAGAAGCUUCCCAAUACCAACCUGGUUUUCGUUAUUGCCGACGCCAAACUCACCUGCUCGUCCUGCGACACCAAGCCGCUCGUACAGGAUGAACAGCAGUCUAAUGGCCCCGAUCCCUGCGAGCUAGCUCAGAAUCCUCGCUACAGGAAAGGACCUGCAGUGUGCUUCGAUAAUAACGAACACGAGGAGGACCCUGACUGUGGCGGGGCGUCCGGCUUGAGUCCCUCACUGUGGCUCACCUUGGCCCUUCAGUUGGCGCUUUUCUGGGUUCUUGGCGGGUCCGGACAUCACGCCGUCCCGUCAUGACCUGCCCUUACCCCACCACCAUCUCUGUAUACCAGCAUGCCUCCGGAAUGACGACUGAGAAGAGCUUCAAAAUUUUUGACUGAAGAACCCUUGGAUGGUCCCAACCAGAAGAGGACUUGGAUUGGUGGUGCCAUUGUUCAGAAGUGGGGGCUGCCUUAUCGGACUUGGUUGAGGAGCUUGAGCUGUUUAAUUCAACACUGCCAGAAGCGAGCAAAAAAAAAAAAUAAUUUAUUCAGUUCCCUGCUUGUUAGUUUAAGGCAAAGGAAACGGCUUCACAACAAACCUUUGCCCGCAGUCCGCCCCCGCCAGGGUGCAGAUAAUUCCUUUAUUUUUGUCUGGAUUCUUCCCCCCUCCUGUCAGUGUCUCUGGAACUUGUUUACUUUGUGCUCUUGGUCAAAUCCGAAUCCUCAGCCUCCUUCCGUCUGGAAUUCUUGGAUCGAAUACUGCCAUGCGUGCUCGUCAACCAAUCAGGACGAACCUGACUGAAAACUCUCUUGUGCCAUGUUUGUGAUUCCGAUGCUAGCUUAUUUAUUGGACUUUUUAUUGAAGGUUUGAGACUGCUAUCUUCACUUUGUGUGUACAGCUACUGAAGUCCACUUUACCGUCCUUUCUGUGCUUGCAUCUUUGCAGAACUAACAACAAAUCGGAUGCAAAAGGAGCGUUCUAUUAAUCGCGCUGGGUUUGUGCUUGUGGUCGGAUUUCGUGAAGUAAUUGGCUCCGUUAUACGGUGCACACAGUGGUUUUAUCGGGCAGAGCGCCCUGAAAAUGAGAAGAUUUUAGAUAAAACCACACAGUGUGGUUCAACACCAACCCCACUACUUUCACUCUUGGUCAUUUUCAGUGAACUCCUCAGUGAACACAAUUUCUUUCAAUAUUAUUUUCAUGUGCUUUUACUCUGAAGUAUUCUCAGUUUCCAUGACUAAUACCGCCACAUUUGCAAAGCGACCCCACUACUUUCACUCUUGGUCAUUUUAAUAGAGCUUGGAUGUAGCGAAUCUCCGACGUCACGCAAGUGUUGGACUUUAUAAUUCAGCCAUAACAUCGUGCUCGUGUUGGAACUAACGACAUGGUUGUCAUUUACUAACCGUGGAGAGAGAGAAAAAAAACAAGUGCCAUAACCGAAUUCCUAAUUUAUGCAAGGUGACGACGUCAAGUAUUGCGCGAUGAUCAGCUGUUACUGCCUUUGUUUUCCCUUGAGGCGACAGCAUCUACAGUCUUUUGCAUUACAAUGCAUGCCAAUGUUUGACAUAAACUGCAGCAUUGCGGUACUGAAAGGUUUUGAAUUUAAAGUGUUAAAAUUCGAUGCUGUCCCCUCGGGAAUAAUUUACAUGUGAUACGAAGUGUUUCAGAUUCCUUACAAAUUGCAGGAAUCUUAUGGAUUGGCGUGUGUUUGUUUCUUGCGUGCGUGGGUGUGUGUUACCAUCGGGUCCACCAAGGCCUGUUCUUUUAAGGCGACGUCCACAUGUACGUGGGUAUUUAAGAAAUGAUAUUUCGUACCACUGCGAUACUGGCACUCCACAUUGCAACAUUCUGUAAUCCAGUGAAACUCGCAAAUUUGCAUAUAUAUGGAUUUUGCGGGGGGGGGGGGGGGCAUCUUGUGGCCAAUGGGAGGAGGAUGUAAGGGGAGGAGCUGUAGUUCGUCAGGCCAUAUCCUUGUCUGAUAGAUUAAAAUUCGUGUGGCAUCUAUCGGCAGUUACAGGCCUUUUUGUGUUGGUGUCAUUACUCGCCGAUUUCGUUAUUCGCGACGAGGCUCGGUCCCUGAACACUGUAAUUAUUUUAGCCAAUCAAGAACUCUGAAGAAAAUAAUUGAGGGAACUGGUACAAUAACAAUAUAACGCUGCAUGCAACAAUGCUGAGUUUUCUGAAAAGUCAGUUUUCAGUGACCGAAAACUGUUGCAAACAAAUCCAUUUUUUUUAAAUACCGUUAAUUGUGUGGACAUUGUCUUAGUUUCCCUUGAUUGUGCUUUAAAAUGUUACACUUUAAAAACAACAACAACAAUUCGUACAAAAACCAAAGUUCUGAUCAAAAUGUGUGUUCAUCCAUGUGCAAAUAUUCAGAAUAAAAUUUUAUGA